AUGUUUGGUUCGAAUUUCACAAAAGCAGGUUCCACUGGAUCCGCAGGUCCAUUUGGACAAAAUAAUGCUGGGAACGUCUCAGGAGGUGCUACUAAUACAGGCUUGUUUGGCCAAAGUAAUAAUAAUACUUCUACUGGAGGACUUUUUGGGGCCCAAAAUUCGGCUAAUAAUGCCAAUACUACAAAUAGCCUUUUUGGAGGAGCAAAACCAAACGUGACAGGUGGACUGUUUGGCAAUACAAAUACAAAUUCAAAUGCUACAGGAGGACUCUUUGGAAACGCAAAUAGGAAUACAAAUACAGGAGGACUAUUUGGUAACAAUACAGCUAAUACAAAUACUGGAACCAGUGGUGGUUUGUUUGGGAAUAAUGCGGCAAACGCCAAUGCCAAUUCUAAUACAGGUGGAGGUUUGUUUGGGAACAAUACAAAUACUGGGGCAGGCUCGAACGGUGGCCUUUUUGGAAACAAUGCAAGCACGAAUACCGCCAGCACCGGAUUAUUUGGAAAUAAAACAAAUACCACAGCCACUACUGGCGGAGGGCUAUUUGGUAGCAGUGGCAACACUGGAACCACAACAGCAACAACCACAGGAGGAGGUCUCUUUGGCAGUAAUACAAGUGGAGGGUUGUUUGGUAACAAACAGAAUACAGGGGCUAUCGGUACAACUGGUAGUUUAUUUGGAAAUAAUGCUGGCUCAACCACGGGAGGUGGCUUAUUUGGAUCAAAACCACUCGGUGGAACAACAACAAAUACAGGAAGUCUGUUUGGUGGUAACACCAAUUCAAAUAUAGGUGGUGGAACUUCAUUAUUUGGGGGACAGAAUAAUGCAUCGAAUCUUUCUGGAGGAGGCAAUCUAUUUGGCUCUCAACAGCAACAACUCCAGCAGCAACAACAAUCUGCGCUCCAAUAUGUAUCUCAACUUGCCAUUACCCCAAUGACUAAGAUAGCAGACUUGCCCGUGCCGGUUCGUCAGGAAAUAGAGCAGUUAGAUCAAUAUGUCCAAAAACAAGUACAAAUAUCUGCCCAUUUAAAGGCAGACACAAAGGAGCAUGUAGAACUAAUAGAAUCGAUUCCCCGCGAUAUAGCAUAUCUAUUGAAAACUGAGUCAUUGACGAACCAAUCUUUGUCUCAAGAUUUGAAGAAAGUUGGUUUAAUCAAAGAACUGACAGAUCAAAACUUAGCUGAUACACAACUUUUUACUAUCUUAUUUCAACAACUACUGACACCAGGAAGUAAAAUAUCUUCUUUAGAAUUGGAAAAAUUCUAUCAACAUAAAGUACAGUCAUAUCAAACUAAAUUAGAUGAUUACUUUAGAGUGUUGUCUGAUAUUGAAAGUGCAAUUUUAGGUAUUAAUAAUGAUGUUUUUGGAUCCUCAAAUAGCAAUGGUGGAGAAAGCUCCACCAUGGAUAUGAACGGUCUAAUGAAUUUGAAGACGGGCUUGAAUACCAUUGUUUCUACUGUAAUUGAAGAAUUUGGAUUGUUCAUGGAUACAGCUGAAAGAAUAGCCGAACUUCGUCAAAAAGUGAGAGAAAUUACUGGAUCUCAUACUUGA